AUGGCAUCGCAAUGGAUCCCUCAAAAUAUUCAGAAAAGGCUCCUUCGAUAUGCCCUUGAACAGCUUUCUUUAUUUUCGGAAAUAGAUCUUCAAAAGUUGGACGUGUCUCUUGGAACAAGCACAAAUGUCACCCUUAAAGAUGUUGAAAUUGAUACUGAUAAGUUCAAUUUGCCCGGAGUUUAUAUGCGAAGUGGAAGAAUAGAUAAGUUAAAUAUGACACUGGCCAUGUCUGACGGCGUUAAUAUAGUAUGCGAUGGAAUUCAUGUCAGUUUAACACCUGCCCCUUCAAAAAAGCACACGUUUAAGCAAGGCGAAUUUUCUUUGGCAAAAAGCACGGCCGAGCUUGCUCGAAGUGCUGCCUAUGAAGAUUACGUUGAUGAUGAUAUGAGUGAUAAGCAAUUUGUGUCUACUCUUGAGGCUUCAAUCAUGAAAAGUAAAGCUCUCGAUGCUACAGAUGACGAGUAUCGGGAUUAUGAAGAUGAGCAACCGCCAAAGUUAAGUGGUGUCAUGCAAAGAGCUGCCGAAUAUGCACUAUCAAAGCUUCACAUACAGCUUAAAAAUAUUGUCUUCAUUAUUCUUACUGAUUCAUCAAAGAUUCAGCUUUCCAUUUCCUCCAUUGUAAUUUCAUCGAGCGGGGACGUGCAAAACAUUCAAAUUGGGGGAGUUAGUGUAAACAUUCCAUCUUAUCAUCCGGAACAAACAGAUUCAUGCUCUUCCACUACACAAAAUCCCAAGUCUUGUUCAAAUACCAAUGAAACAUCAGACUCAGACUCAGAUACAGACGAAUACAAUGAUGUUCUUAUGUCUACAUCCUUUAUGUCAAAUAGCAAGAAUGAUAUACAUCAAUCGUUAAUACAAAGCGUUUUGAGAUCACAUAAUCCAGCUAGUACAGUUUAUAUGAGUGCAGAAACAGAAUUUUCUGAGGCCAAGUCAAGACUACCUUUAGCAGAUAGAGCUGAGACUGAUCAAAAUGAUAAAGAGGUCCCUGAUGAAUUAAUGCAAAUAGCAUAUAUUGAUAAGCUGUCUGCCUCCUUUUCUGGACUUCAGGAUAUUAGGAAUUUGAACAUUAGCGUUGGAUCUAUACGUCUUGCGACAUCACCCCUUCCCAAUGUAAUCAAUUCAUUACUUGCAGCAUUAAUUCCUACUAAAGAUAUUAUUAAGAUCAAUCGAAAUGAAAAGAACUCUGGAAAUGAGGAACGGCGGUUUGCCAAUAUUAUUCAAUCUAUUAAAAUCCUCGAGCUUGAAGUUGCUUUAAGAUCUACGUUGAAAGGCAAUGGCAAUUUCAGCAGUUUAGAUGGUCCGAUUAUGAGAUUUGAAGAAUUUCAAUUGGAAAAGAAGAGUGAAAAUUAUUAUUUUGGUCACAUAAAGAGUGUGGGGAUAACCAGAAAUACAGAAGAAACAUCAAUUUUACACUUUUUGAAGACCAAAGAUGAACAACAUGAAGUCGAAAUGGAGAUUGAAAUAUCUGAUGAGUUUCAAAUGGCGUUCACAUUACCGUAUCAGGGAUAUGUUAAACUGAAAGAAGAGGAUUUGUUGUCGCUCAUAUCUUAUUAUUACAAAUGUGAACUUUUUAUAAAUAGGUUGAGGAACUUAUCAUUAAAAAAGAGCUCUUCCAAAUCGCCGUCUGAGAUAACAGUGAGGACCUCCAGAAUAUCAUUGGAGUAUGUCAUGUCUCUGGAUACAUAUUUGAACCUUGAUCUUUCGCCAAUAAAAUAUGAUUCAAAAACGGGGCUUGCGAUUAAACAGGCAAAAUUCACAUUUCAAGCACAUGCAAAAGAAUUGCCAGGCUAUUUGGUUUUCAAUGAAGUCAAUUAUAAUUUACUAGAAAAGACAAAAAGAGUUAAAGGAUAUGGAGCAAAUGGUAACAAGAUCACCACCUUUGAUACAAAUAGUGAAUUACAUGUUAGGAGCAUUAAAUCGAAUAUCUUUAUGGAGGAUAUACCUUUAUUGGUUGAGCAUUUUGAUGAAAUUAGAUAUCGGAUGGAAUCUUUACGUACAAUGUCAACCAAUCCUAGUGCAGGUCAACGUUCUGUGCAUCGCAAUAGGUCAGUUCGAAUUGCCAAUAGCUUGUUUCUUGACAGAAAAUUAUGUGCAGAGACAUAUUAUAAAGUUGAAACCGUUGAGUUAUUAAUCAGACACGUAAAUGAUGAAUUCGGUGAUCUGCAUUUUUCUGGGACAAAUUUUUGUGCUGCAUCCUUUAAGGGUAGAAACUCCGAACUUUACUUUGAGAAUAUAUGCAUUAAAAGAGAAAAGCAGGAACUUGUACAACAAUUUGUUUCGGCAUCGGCAAUUAGUCACACAGAUAAAAAGCCAUUAUUAUUUGCAAGUAUUGGAUCGAGCAUUACUGUCUAUAUAAGGUCAUGCCGUUUAGAUUAUUACGGAAUUUGGUUAACAAUACUUGAAAAUGCUGGUGGUGGAGAGGUCGUUGAAGAGCAAGCUGCGAGGGCUUUGAUCGGAGAAACAAAGCAGCAAAAAGAAGUUCAAAAAAGAGCAUUGAAAAUUGAAAUAAUACUUACCAAUACUUUGAUUGGCUUGACACCAAUUCACAUGCCAUCUCAUAGUAUUCUCUUCAUCAAAAAAAGUAACGCCAGUAUUCACAUUAACAACAAUGGGAUGAUUUAUGGGCAAAUGUCUAUGAAUACAACAUCAAUUUUCUUGAUAGAUGAUAAAGAUUGUGUGAUGAAAAAGCCAGGUCAGGUUUCGGAUUGGACUGCCACUUCAUACCUUAGGAAGUUAGGAUAUGUUUAUAUUGGUGCUUGCAAUUCUCUUUUUUUGCACUUAAAAAUUGGAUCCGUCAAAUCAAUUCUUUCACUUACUUAUAAGUCUGCUGAUCUCAAGAGGUAUCAUUCCUUGGUUGAUGUCAAAUUGGAUAUGGACCUACUUCACCUAUAUGCAUGUGCUGACUCGUUUUCCUGUUUUAUACAGCUUUGCAAUGAUCUUAAAGAGCCACUGUUCUUUACUUUUGAUGAGAAAUACAAAACAACACAAUCGGAAGAGAUUGACACAUAUUCCGAUGUUGAUAAUAAUUUCUUUUCGUACAAGGAAAAGCAAAGCUUAAAGAAUAGGGAGUCAAACGGAGAUAAUGAUUCGGGGCUACCCUCAGAAUCUCAACCUCAACAAACGGACAAAGAAAGUUCCAAUUCCGAACCAUUAAGCAUUAUCGAGGACUUUUAUAAAGGUGAAUACGGAUCAAAAAGUUUAAUUGAUUCUGAAAAUUCUCAGCGGGAGUCACUGAAGAGCUCAAAAGAUGUGGCAAGCGAACUGUCAGUUCAAAGUGAUCAUUUUGGAAGGAUAGAUGCUAAGGCAGGAAAGCCUAAAAUUAUUCCAAUGUCUAUCACUUUGGGCUUAAGGAAAAUAGAGUUGUUCAUGUACGAUGGUUAUGAGUGGAAAGAAACCAGAAAUCAGAUAGCAGAGGCUAUACGAAGAGUACAGAAGACUGCCGAUAUUGCGAAGAAGAUACAUAAUGAGAAAAAAAAAGCCGGAAAGUCGAAAGUUUUAGAAAGUGAUAUGAUUUCAGAUUCGCCUAAGCUGAAUAAUCCGGAAUCCGGUAUUCCUAGUAAAAUUGUCGAGGAAACACUUUUCCAAUCUAUCCAUUUGGGAGUUCAUCCGGGAGAAUCCUUAGGUUCAGCUUAUGAUCGGGUUAAUGAAUCGAUUAAUCCGCAAGGAUGGACUGAUGAUAGUUUAUUGAAUACAUCCUCGAAUGCAUCAAAAAAGCCGACUAUUGACAUCAAUGUGGAAAAGUCCUCGAAAAGUUACAAGGACCUUCAAUUAAAGAGAUCGAGGACAUUUAAGGCGAAGAUUGUCAUCGAUGAUGUUGAUUUGCUGUUUUUGCUGGUCAGCGACAAUGAGCCACGUCCUAAAUCCAAGCCAUCGAUAUUUUGCAAUGAUAAUGUUUCAAGUGAGGAGGAUACUCAUAUUUGUGUAUCAGAACUUGUUGGACGGCUUCAGAUUUGUAUUGGAGACAUGAAGAUUUUGGAUAAUGUACCAUCUUCUAGUUGGAAUAUGUUCCUAGGAUACAUGCGUGAAGCAGGAAAGCGUGAGUUGGGUUCCACUAUCAUAAAGCUUGACAUGGACAUUGUGAGGCCGAUUCCCGAGCUAGCUGCCUCGGAGUUGAGAAUGUCAGUAUCAGUUCUACCUUUACGAAUGUAUGUUGAUCAAGAUACGUUGGAAUUUCUUGUCCGCUUUACCGAAUUCCAUGACAGUAGAUUUUCGUGGCUUGCUAAGGAUAACGAUGAACUGUUCUUGGAAAGUGUCAGAAUUAAUCCGAUAAAAUUGAAGUUGAACUACAAACCGAAGAAAGUGGAUUUUGCGGGCUUGAGAUCCGGACAUACUGACGAAUUUAUGAACUUCUUUAUGCUUGAAGACUCAAAUAUGGUUCUCAGACAGCUGAAUGUGCAUGGCGUGUCGGGAUUUGGACGUCUACAGCAAUUACUUCGUAGUUAUUGGAUGCCUGACAUCAAGAAGAACCAGCUCGGGGGUGUUCUGGCCGGAGUAACGCCAAUCAAAUCUUUGGUGAAGAUAGGAAGCGGGUUUAGAAACUUAGCUGUUGUUCCAGUAAAGGAGUAUCGCAAAGACGGACGGGUUUUAAGAAGUUUGGAGAAAGGUGCGGCAUCCUUUGGUAGAACGGCGGGUGGAGAGCUGCUUCGACUAGGGGUAAAACUCGCAAACGGAACACAGACAAUUUUAGAAAAUGUGGAAUUGAUGUUGGGUGGUGAAGGAUCGGCAGGAAGAAUUUCAAGCAACACUGAAAGUGUUAUGGGUAAGGGGAAAGAAAAAUCAUAUACUGCUUUGAGUGAUGAUGAUGAUUUGGAUCAUUACGAGCAAUACUUUAUUCACCCUAAAGCACAGGAAAGAGCAAGGAACGCUGAUGGAUUAGAUUCUACUAUUGGUGAAGAUGAGUUAUUUGGUGAGAAGGGGCAUGAUGAUCACGAUGGAGAAAUUGAAACCAUUGACUCUAAAACAGAUUCCGAGGAUGAUGACAGAGGUGUUGAUAGUCAAAGAAAGGAGAAGCAUGGGAAGACUGUAAGUCUUUAUGCAAAUCCGCCACAGGAUUUACAUGCAGGUAUGAAAAAGGCAUACACGUCAUUUGGUCGUAACAUAACUGUGGCGCAGCGUGCAUUUACUGGCGCAUCCAGCAGAGCCUCCGAAAGUACAAGUGCUGGAGAAGCAGCAUUGGAAUAUGCUAAAGCAACACCCGUUAUGUUAAUAAGGCCUCUUAUCGGGACUACUGAGGCAAUAUCAAAAACGUUGUUGGGAGGUUUGAGCGAACUGGAUCCAGAUGAAAGAAAACGGUCAGUUGAAAAAUAUAAACAGAACUGA